AGGAGCGGAUCCUUCUUUUCCCGCUGCUCCUGCACCCCUCUGGUCAGACUGCAAUGAGUGGACUGAGGUCUUCUGGGCUGCUGGGGCUGCUGCUCUUAACGUUCUCAGCAGGAUAUUGCAAAGAGAAAACUGACUCUGCAGAUUUGAAGGAUAGGCAAAGUCUCCUAAAUCUGAUCAUGGAGAUCAUUCAGGAACUGAAAAGGUAUCACCUGGAGAAGGACAGUGGGCUGCAGUACUUCUCCAAGCACGACUAUAACUUAGAUCGAAGAGAAGUGCCAGACUAUGGAGGAUACCAGGAUGAACAGAGAGUUGAAAUAGUUCCCAGAGAUCUGAGGAUGAAAGACAAGUUCUUAAAGCAUUUAACAGGUCCACUUUACUUUAGCCCAAAAUGCAGUAAACACUUUCAUCGACUUUAUCACAACACAAGGGACUGCACCAUCCCAGCAUACUAUAAAAGAUGUGCCAGGCUUCUUACUCGGUUGGCAGUAAGCCCAAUGUGCAUGGAAGGAUAAAGAUACUAUUACCAUGAAAAGAAACACCAAGAACCAAGAGAAGUGCCUUGGAAAUCAACAGGGAAAUAGAACUUAUUACCUUUAUAACAUAUUCCAUUGUGAACAAGAGAUUUAUUUUUGCAGAUUAAGAGACUACUUCCCAUAAUUCUUUCAACAUGUGUUUUGUAUGUUGUCAACAGUUUGCAGAUUGACAUUCUUUACAGUAGCAUAAAUGCCAGUAGUACUUAAUGCUCCAUACUUAAAAACACACUUUACAACUGAUGUGUAAUGCUGCCAAAAAUUAUGUAAACACAAAUAUUUCACUAAGAAAAUUGAUGUUCUAUUGCUUAAUUCUAGAAUUUUAAGGAAUGUUUGUUUGUAUAUUUAGAACAACUAAAGAUCUGCUCCACAGUAGUUGUGGUCACUUGAUAUCCUUCAUGCUUAUGCAAUUUUUUAAAAGUUUGGUUAAAACAGACUUGCAUUGGGGUCACAUUGUACCCUAGGAGUACAAACUGCAUGACAAAUAGCAACGUAAUUCCAAGUAGACAUAUUUUUUUGGACAGUGGAGCAUGGAUUUUGUACACAAACACAAGCUGCCAUUAACUUACUUUAUAUAAUUAAUGUAUAAAACAUUCCAGCAAACGUGCAAUAUGUAAAUACUGUAAAUAACAAGCAUAAGUAAUAAAGUGUUUGGUAUUAAGUUGUUCUCAGUUUACUUUCUAUUCAUUGAAUCCAGAUAAACAAGCUGUAUUCCAGGAGCUACAAUCGUAUACCCACACUCAAACCUCUUUCCAGCAGGAGUUCUCUAGUGAAGAAAGCAAGGUACCCCCACCUCAGAGAAGUCCAGUAACUGGGACACUCCAUGGAUUUGUGAGGACAGACAGACCCAUGUCUUCCAGUCCCACAAAAUGCCCAGACCACAAGGCUGUUCCGGUUCUCCACAGCAUUAUAAAUUUGAAUCUUUUUUCGUGACAAAUAGUUGUUUUGGAGUUUUCAUGAUGCUGCAGAGCAAUAUA